GAUUGAUCAACUUAUUGAAGAUGUCGUGUCUUUGGAUAUUUGUUGCGAUUUUUCGACAAGAAUAGUUCAAAAUAUACCCUUUUCAAAUUUUCCAGGGGCAACAAGUUGUUUAGCAGAUUUGUCAAAUUUUAAAUGUAGUUCAAAUUCGUUAAUACCUCAAAACUUUCAGAAUAUCCAAUCAUUAAAUAUAAAGUUCAUCGAAAAGGUUUCAAAUAGGUUGAUUCAAUUAAUUAAUUCACAGCAUCAAUUAAAUCAUUUAGAAUUAAAUGCGUACCUGAUUAAUGUGGAUUGGUUUAAUAUCAUACCAGCAUUAACAAAGCAUGAUAACACGUUGACCAAAUUAUGUAUUCAUAGUAAUAACGAUGUACCAUUAUCAUUUGUUUCAUCUUUCAUAAAUUUACAAGAACUGAUCAUUUCCAUUCGAGUUCCAUUUGAUAGAUUCAAUGGAUUGAAGUAUGCUAGCUUUACAAAGUUACGAAUCUUCAAAAUUCCUCAUGAAGUUCCAAAACCUGAAAUGUUAAUGAAAUUUUUGGAAAAUAAUGGAAUGAACUUUGAAGAAUUCAGUACAAGCGUAAUUUAUUCUGACAAAUCAUUAAAUAAAUCAUUAGUUCGAUUCUGUCCGAACCUUAAGAAACUUUCCAUAAAUUUUGGAAAUGAUGAAUUAGACACGUUGAAAUCUAUAUUUGAACAUUGUCAAGGUUUGGAAGGUAUUAAGAUUUGGUGUCAAGAUGAUCAUAAUCAUUUAAAUGGAAGAAAUUUAUUGGAAAUUGUUGUAAAUCACGCACCCAAAAAUUUUUACGAGUUAAAGAUAUACAUGAACAUAACAUUACUUCCAAGUGAAUUGGAAACAUCCCUUAUAAGUUGGAAGAAUCGGACACCACAAAAAUCAUUAUCUUUGGUUAUUAUUUUUGAUGAAUUUA